UUUAAAAACUUUUUGUAAUUGAAACCUUUUUCUAAUAACUGAAAACCGUUUUAAUUAAAUCUAAAAAAACACAAAAAAAUUUUAUAGAUUGAAAAGGUUUUUAAAAAGGUGAAAAUUGUUAAAAAAAAAUUAUAAAUAUUAGAAACCAGAAAACGUUUUAUAAAUUAUAACAAACUUUAAAAAAAAUUUAUAUCAACUUAAAAUUUUUUAUUAAAAUCUUAAAACGUUAUUAAAUUAUAAAAACGUUUUGAAACAAUAAAAAGAUAAUAAAAACUUGAAAAGAUUAUAUAUAUAUAUAUAUAUAUAUUUAAAUAUAACUUUUCAAUAAUUAUAAAUACACAAAAAAUGUUUUUAUAAAAAUGUUUAACAUAUCAUUUCUAAAAUCUAAAAAUCUAGCAUCUAAAAGUUUCAAUCUACAUACAAAACAACAACCUAAAACAAAAUCUAAGAACAUAUAACUCCUAAAACUAUCAAUUCUAUCAUAAAUCUUCAGAUUCAAAACCUAAAAUCCAGAAAUCUAACAUUCCAAACCUAUAAAAAAAAGUAAUCUAAAGAGGGGUUUAGAUGACUUACAAGAUUGGGGAAGAGAUUUGGAGGAUUUGGGGUCGGAAUCGCAGAUUUGUGAGAGAGAAAGAGGAGUAAGACCGUGGAGAUUGCAGAGGAGAAGAGAAAAAAAAUGAGAAAGAAGAAGAAGGGUUGGCUUAUGUAUUAAAAAUAAACCGACAGACAGUUUCCGUCUGAAUUCGAUUGGUUCUAUUUUAAGCGGUUAAUCAAAUUAAUUUCGAGAAUUUUCUUCCCAGGUAAAGUGAAAAAUUCCGACGAAAUUCUGACGAAACAUGUGUGUCACAUUAUUUUCGUCAGAAUUCUGUCGGAAUGUUUCGAGAAUAUCAACAAAGGAAGCCUUAGAAACUAUGAGUUUCUGCAUGUCUUUUGAUUGGUCGGGGUUAGAGUCCGUCGGAAUUUGGUCGGAAUUUUCGAUGGAUUUCCGAGAAAUAAGAAUUUGGGGUUUCAAAACAACAAUCUAAUGAUCACAUACAAAUCUUUGAUAGUAUGUAAAUGAUUUAUAAGAAAUUUAACUAAAAUAAUUACUUGUUUCAAUCGAUAUUAUACAAAAUCAAAAUCUAGUUUAAUAUUACCAUAAUAUGUUUGUAUAAGUAUAUAAGUGUUAUUGGAGGAUGUUACGAAUACGUUGAUAUGUAUACGUAAAUAUUUUUUUAUAUGAAAAACUUUAACGGUGUGAACUAAUUUCAUAUUACAAAUUUUUUAUUUUUUUUUUUGGAUAUUUUAAGUAUCCAAUUAUACAUUUAUAAUAACAUUGCAAAUCUAAAAUCUAUUUCGUUGGAAAUCUGUCGAAAUAUUCUGAUGACUUUCCGAUGAAAGUCAAAACCCCGUCGGAAUAUUCCGACGAAAGUCAAAAACCUGUCGGAGUUCCGUCGGAAUAUUUCGAUGGGAUUCUGACGAACUUCAAAUUCCUAUCGAAACUCCAAAAAUUAUAGUAUUCUGUUGGAAUUUUGUCGAAUAUUUCCGACAACCUUACUUUCGUCGGUAUUUCGUCGAAAAUUUCCGACGACAAAUCGACGAACAUGAAAUUAUAUGUUUCGUCGGAAUCUCGUCGGAAUUUCAUCAAAGAAAACCGAUGAAUAUAUUGUCCGUUAGAAUGUAGAGUGUUUUCUUGUAGUGUAUGUACCGAAAGUGAUUGUGAUAUAUACACAAAACCAAUAGUACUCGAGGAAUUUUGCAGAUGACGCAAUUAUCCCUAAAAAUUAGCAGUGGACGUGAAGCGGAUAUCCAGAACUUUGGGAUUAUUUGUGAUUCGAUCUAUUUUAUCUAAAUGAUUAAUUUUUGAUUGGAUGUUAGUAUUAAUGUUUUAAUUUACUUUUUAUGAUAUUACAUAUAUACGUUUUGAUUCGCAGAAUGAUGAAUAUCCAAAUUUUUAAAUUUAAAACAGAUAAUAAAUUGAAUUAAAUUUAAGAGAUGUUUUGCCAACCCUUUGAAAAAUAAACAGUCAUGUCGCCACUUGCACCGCCGUACGAAUCCUGGUUAUUCUAUUUGACUCCGUUGAUAUCUCAAGAGCCACAACGAAUUUUUGUGCCCCGUUACAUUAUUGCUAAGUUUUUUUCUGGUUGAUCUCUAUGUAAAACGAACUUUAACUUAAAAAAAAACAAACAAAAACAUUAUGAACAGAAAACUGCAAUUACAAAACCAAAUUGAUUGACACUACUGAAAGCGUGCAUGGAGUGUGAACGCAAACUCAAUUUGAGCUUACUCUAUAAAAUUAGCAAUUUGACUUUUCUUUAGUAAUGUAUUUAUUACUCUAUAAAAUAAGCAAUUCCACUCAUAACAUAACAUCAGUAGCUACGUGAUCGCCCGGCAGCAUAAAAGUAAUUAUCAAUGCGAAUCAAUGCAAAGUUGACAUUCUCUUGACAUGUAAUACGGAAUUUCUCUUCUUGCAUCAUCACAAGUUACAAUAUGCAUAUUGAUCUCUAUACUGAAGUACACUAUAUCUUACUUAGAUUUUUCAACUCUCGAGCAUCUUAUCAUAUGCUUCUCUUAUCCACAGCCAUGUACAAUCCAACUUCCCAAAAAUAAGAUUCUCCAUAUUUUGCAUUGGCCCAUCACUAAUCGAUAAUGCAUCUACUGUUCAUUUAGAAAACAUGCAGGUACUUGUAUAUAUAGAGGUCCAAGACUCACUUCUACAAAACAAACCAUUAAACAAAAUUUCCAAGCAAUAACAAGAACAAUAUACAUAAUAAAAGAAUAUUACUAUACAAAUGGAUGUGGUAGCAAGACUAGCGUCACAAAGUGCAGUGGUGAUAUUUAGCAAGAGUACGUGCUGCAUGUCUCAUGCAAUUAAACGGUUGUUUUAUGAGCAAGGAGUAAGCCCUGCGAUUGUCGAGAUCGAUCAGGAAAUGUACGGUAAAGAUAUCGAAUGGUCUUUGGCCCGGUUAGGAUGCAGCCCUCCAGUUCCCGCAGUGUUUGUCGGAGGGAAAUUCGUUGGUACGGCUAAUACCGUCAUGACUCUUCAUCUUGAUGGGUCAUUGAAAAGGUUGCUCAAGGAAGCUGGUGCCUUGUGGCUUUAGUAGUUUAGUUCAUCUCAUGUGUUUUUGAGAAUAUAUAUAUAUAUAUAUAUAUAUAUAUAUAUCUUUACUUUGACCUUUUAAAGCUUCUUCACUUUAUGCACGGUUAAUUAAAGCAUAUGUGAAGAACUGCUUUGUAUUUGGCUGUUAUGUCUUUGUGGAAGUUGAUUUAAUGAUUAACUAUGACCCACUUUGGAUAGAAUCUUUGUUUAAUUUCCACUCUUUACAAAUUGAAGGGUAAUUAUAACAAGCAAAAACUGUAGUUACGCUUAAAUGGUAAUUUUUAUUUUAAACC